AUGUCUCUUGAACGCAAAGUCUUGCAGAUCAUUGUUGUUCUGUUCUUUACUCUGUCUUCAUUAAGCUGCAACUCCAAUGGUAAAUUGAUCCUGGCGGGAUCUGCAGCUUUUGAGUCCAGCGGUUUCUCCAUGUUAACGAACACCACGAAGCAUUCUUACGGCCAAGCUUUCAGCCAUGAAGCCGUUGUCAUCAAGAACUCGUCUUUCUGCUUCGACUUCCUCUUCGGAAUCGUCCCUGAGCUUAACCAGCAAGGCUCACACGGUAUGGCUUUCGUUAUCUCUCCCACAAGAGGCCUACCUGGAGCUUCCUCCAAUCAAUACCUCGGGUUGUUCAACGAGACAAACAACGGUAAGUCCUCGAAUAACCUGAUAGCUAUCGAGUUAGAUAUACAUAAAGACCAAGAGUUUGGAGACAUUGAUGAUAAUCAUGUUGGGAUUAACAUCAAUGGCUUGAGGUCUGUUCUCUCUGCUCCUGCUGGUUACUAUGAUGAUGAAGAUGGAAGCUUUAAGAAUCUUUCUUUAGUCAGCGGAAAGGUAAUGCGGCUUACGAUCGUUUAUAGCCAACCGGAUAAACAGCUCAAUGUCACCUUAAGCCCUGUUGGGUCCUCUGUUCCGCCGCUGCAACAACCGCUUUUGUCUUUAAACCGAGAUCUCUCGCCCUAUUUUUUGGACGAGAUGUAUUAUGGCUUCACGGCAUCGACCGGAUCGACUGGAGCAAUCCAUUAUAUGCUGAAUCUGUUCACUUCUCUAGAAGCCGAGCAUACAGCUCUUGAUAUAAGCGUGAUCCCCAUCCUCCCUCCAUACCCGGAUAAGGUGUCUGUUAGAACAAGGACGGUUUUAGCAGUCUUCUUAACGUUGGCCGUUAUCGCUGCAUUUAUCGCCUCGUGGAUCGAGGUUCUUGAGGAAUGGGGGAUUCAGUAUGGACCUCGUACAGAGAUUUUCAAUGCUACAAAGGGUUUCAUGGAGAAACAGCUUCUUGGAAGAGGAGGUUUUGGUCAAGUCUAUAAAGGAAUGCUUCCGGUUUCUGAUGCAGAGAUCGCUGUGGAACUCACUUCCAAUGGUUCAAGUCAAGGGUUUGAGCGAGUUUCAAGCUGA